AGCAAACAGCGGGGUCGGGCCUUGCCACUGGUCCGCGUGUUAUCUCUACGGAAACGCGGGAAGUUGGACCGAGCGGUUGGGGUCCACUUCUGAGGGGGUUUGGACCGUUUCCGGGGCGAAUCCGGCGCUUGUCGGCGGGCCGAGAACUCCGUUCGCAGUCGGUUCUGGCGCGGCGGGAUGGAGGUCGUGGAGGCCGCCGCCGCGCAGCUGGAGACUCUUAAAUUCGGUGGCGCCGGCCUUGGCGCUGGAGAGGGUCUCCAGGUGCCGUGCCCGGAACCGGGCGGGAACGGCGUUACCGGGCUGGCCGCGGCCGAAGCACAGAUUCCGGACCGCGUGGAGACCUCGGACUCGGACAGUGAAACCGAUUCAGAUACUUCAAGCUCCUCGUCUUCCUCCUCGUCAUCGUCCUCAUCUUCCUCUUCAUCCCAUAUUUCACUUCCUCCAGUGCUGUCAGCUGGAGAAGAUAAUUUACAAGUUGAGGAGAAUAAGAAUUUCCUUAAAACAAAAGAUGAGUUACUUCUUGAUGAACUACCAUAUGUUGAAGAACUCUCUAUUAUUCUUCCUGAAGAUAUUGAAUUAAAACCUCUCGGAAUGGUUUCAAGUAUUAUUGACAAAUUAGUAAUAAUUGAAUCUAUGACCUGCGUACCUCCAGUUAAUGAGGACACUGUAAUUUUUAAUAGCGAUCGACAAGCAGCAGGAAAGAUAUUUGAGAUAUUUGGCCGUGUUACACAUCCGUUUUAUAUGUUGCGGUAUAAUUCUGCAGAUCAAAUCAACAGUAAAGGUAUUAAAAUAAAGGACACUCUGUAUUUUGCUCCAUCAAUGAAAGACUUCACCCAGUACAUAUUCACAGAAAAACUAAAACAGGAAAAGGGAUCAGAUGCAUCAUGGAAAAAUGACCAGGAACCUCCACUGGAAGCCUUGGAUUUCAGUGAUGAUGAAAAAGAAACAGAAGCCAAACAGAGGAAAAAAUCUCAGAUUCAAAACCGGAAGAAACUUAAAUCUGAAUUUAAUGAACCAGGUGAGUAA